AUGGCCCACUUGGAUGUUGGACCUCAAAUGGCUGGAGCCUUUAAAGAAAGACAGAUAAAACCCACAGCAUUUCGAAAGUUUUAUAAGAGGGGUGACUUCCCUAUUGCUAUGGAACAUGACACUAAAGGAAACCGAAUCGCCUGGAAGGUGGAAAUUGAAAAACUGGAUUACCAUCACUACCUGCCUCUUUUCUUCGACGGCCUUUGUGAGAUAACCCAUCCAUAUGAACUAUUUGCCAGACAAGGAGUCCACGAUCUGUUGGAGCAUGGUGCAACAAAAGUCCUUCCCGUCAUCCCUCAACUUAUCAUCCCCAUAAAAAAUGCACUGAACACUCGGAACAAGCAAGUUAUAUGCACCACGCUGAAAAUCCUGCAGCAUCUUGCUGUGUCAGGAGAUAUGGUGGGCGAGGCUCUGGUCCCUUACUACCGACAGAUAUUACCUAUCCUGAAUAUAUUUAAGAACAUGAAUGUAAAUUCUGGAGACGGCAUCAUCUACAGUCAGCAGAAACGAGAAAAUAUUGGGGACCUUAUAAAUGAAACUCUGGAGGUAUUCGAGCGCUUUGGAGGGGAAGACGCAUUCAUUAACAUAAAAUACAUGAUCCCCACAUACGAGUCAUGCUUACUAAACUAG